AUGUCAAACUCAAAGCCUCAAGAAGCCUACCUCCUCAACGAGCAAUCUCGCCCAUCUAUAGAGAGCAAAGAGGCGGCUACGGAUUCUCCAGAAGAUGAUGCGCAGUACCCAACAGGAAUGAAGCUGAAAGUCAUUUUCACUUCCAUUAUCAUGGCCAUGUUCCUGGUUGCUUUGGAUCGGACAAUCAUCGCGACAGCCGUCCCCCAGAUCGCCAAUCAGUUCAACGCUCUCUCAGACAUCAGCUGGUAUGCCAGCGCAUAUCUGCUCACAAGCUGUGCAACCCAAUUGCUCUGGGGCAAAAUCUACACGCUCUACUCGACAAAAACGAUAUUCUUAAUCGCGAUCCUCAUCUUCGAAGUCGGAUCCGCUCUAUGCGGCGGUGCACCAUCUUCCAAAGCCUUCAUAGUUGGACGAGCGAUUGCCGGAAUGGGCUCUGCAGGUAUAUUCUCAGGAUCGUCGAUCAUUGUUGCACAGAUUGUCCCACUGGCCAAACGGCCCAUGUACGUUGGCUUGAUGGGAUCAACAUUUGGCAUCUCGUCGAUUGUUGGGCCAUUGAUGGGUGGUGCUUUCACGGAUAAGGUCACCUGGCGAUGGUGUUUUUAUAUCAAUCUUCCCAUUGGGGGAUUCACUAUGAUCGUGCUGUUCUUCUUGCUGAGAGUUCCAGCACCUCGCGUCCUUCAAUCGAGUGGGUGGAAGCAACAACUUCUGGGUCUCGAUCCACUCGGCACUGUAUUGUUUCUACCCUCAAUCAUCUGCUUCUUGCUUGCUUUGCAGUGGGGUGGCUCAACUUACGCCUGGGACAACGGGCGCAUCAUCGCACUCCUUGUGCUGUCCGGUCUUUUGAUGAUUCUGUUCGUGCUCGUCCAAAUCCAACUAAAAGACACCGCUACCGUUCCUUCGGCAAUCCUCAAACAGCGCAGUAUUCUUAGUGGAGUUGUCUUUGUGGCGUGCGUCGGAGGCGGACUCAUCUCGAUCCUCUACACACUUCCACUCUGGUUCCAAGCCGUACGAAGCACAUCGGCCGUCAAAUCCGGCGUCGAUACAAUUCCCCUCGUCCUCUCACUCGUAAUCGGGGCAAUCCUUUCCGGAGGAAUCAUCACCGCGACAGGAUACUAUGUCCCGUGGAUGUUCGUGGCCGCCAUCUUCAUGUCCACCGGGGCGGGCCUAAUGACAACUUUCCAACUCGACACCGACCAUGCUGCCUGGAUCGGAUACCAAGUUUUAUUCGGGUUGGGAAUCGGCUUCGGAAUGCAACAAUCAUCACUUGCAGCGCAAACUGUCUUGAAACAAGAUCAAGUCCCCGUUGGCAUCUCGCUCAUGUUCUUCGCGCAGUCUCUAGGUGGUGCAAUCUUCAUCGCUGUCGCCCAGGCACUCUUCCAAAAUUAUCUCAGCGCUAAAAUACCUCUCAUCGAUGGUAUCGAUGCGGCGAAAGUUCUGGCUGCCGGUGCGACUAGCUUGUCAAAGGUCGUUCCUAUGGGGAAGCUCCAUGAUAUUUUGCUGGUCUAUAAUGAGGCGCUGCGACGUUCUUUCAUCGUGACUGUAGCUGUAUCUUGCUGCAUGGUCUUGCCCUGUCUAACGAUGGAAUGGAAGACGAUCAAGAAGGACAAGAAAGCUAUGCCAAAUGCUUAG